UAAAAAAAAAGAAUCUGAAAAAUAUUAAAAUAUACCUAAAAUGGCCAAUGGAACUGGGAUGUUGCCUGUAAGUAGAAGAGAGAGAAGACUGAUGGCUUCCAGUCUCUCUCCAGAAUGUAGCAGAUCUUCAUCUCUUCUUCCAUUGCAUGUAUAUAUGUUUUUCUUUUUCACACAGUUGCGCUGCUUCCUGUCUUCUCAGCUCCCAAGUCCUUGUCCUCCCAUCUUCUCUUUCCUUUUUUUUUUCUUUUUCUGUUUUCUUAUAUUUCAUAAAAAGCCAUCAAGAGGAGAUACAAUGAUUCAGGAGUCCAAGCUGCCAAGAUCUCUCUCCUAACCCUAAUCAGGUAUGUUAACUAUUUUGGUGCCUUCCGUAUUGGAUUCUGAUACACUCGUAAAAUUUUGGUAACUUGGGAAAUAGAUGGUAUGUAUGGGUGAGGAAAGUUGAGGAAAAUAAUUUCUUAGAUCACGAAAGCAACCGUAGGUAUAGAGAAUUUUAAUGCCUCCUUCCUCAUGUAUGAUCAUUCAAGGAUUCCCUAUGCUCAGAACAAUUAACAAGAAGGAUAACACUCAAGAGUGGAGGAUUUUUGUGGUUAGUAUGAUUCAGAUGUUUUGAAACAAGCAGUGCACAUUAAUCUUCUUCCAUUAUCUAUGGCCUCCUAUGCCCCUUGCAAGUUUCCUUUUUUCUUCUCCCCCCUCUAGCCAAACAUAGUAAGUAAUGAGAACCUAGAAUCUCUACUAGAUUUUCUCUGGAUACUCUGCUGCAAUGGCCGGUCCUCCCCCAUUUUUGUUCUCCUUCCCCCAAAUUCUCUUUGCCACCGCCGCGCUGCUCCAUGGACCGCUCGGCACACCCUUCUCGCGCCCCAUCGGUCUCCGGCUCGGCCAUCCAGUCCCCAUCGUCGUCAUUAUUCCGCGAAUUCCCCGUAUCCGAGACCCCGCCUCCUGCCCAAUCAGGAAAUUCUCUCUUGCCCAUUCAACCAUCCUUGGGUUCGUCCUCUUUCUCCCAUCCGCUUUCUUUGAGGCCUUUCGCCGAGGGGCUUCCGGGCGGUUCGCCGAUCGACCCUCAUGGGGUCCCCUCCGAUGAAGCCUUGGAUGAGGAUGUUGCCGAUGGGGAGCUUGACCCCUUAUCUGGCUCUGCUAGAGUCCGGAGCUGUGAUGUGUAUCUCAGCUUCACCGGUCGGAGGGUGUCGCUCUUUCGUCUUGUGAAGUGGCUCCGUGCCGAGCUGGAGAUGCAAGGGGUGAUGUGCUUCAUCUCGGACCGGCGCAGAUGCAAGGAUGCUUGUGCGCAUAGCAUUGCUAGAGAGGCGAUGGAGGCAGCGGCCUUCGGAGUGGUGGUUAUCACCUGCAGGUCCUUGUCGAAUGCUUAUAGCAUGGAGGAGAUGAGAAUUUUCUUAGAAAGAAAGAAGCUGGUGCCAAUCUUCUUUGGGCUUUCUCAAGGUGACUGCAUAGCGAGGGAUAUAGUUCAUCGGAGGGGAGAGUUGUGGGAGAGGUUUGGUGGUGAUCUUUGGACAGCAUAUGGUGGCUUGGAGAACGAAUGGAAAGAGGUGGUGAAUGGACUUUCUCGGGCGGAGCUAAAGUGGGAAGUGAAUGCUGGCAACUAUAGGGACAGUAUCAUGGAUGUGCUUCUUCUUCUAGGAAAGGGAUUAGGAAGGACGUCUGUGAUAGAGAAGGUGAACAGAUGGAGGGAGAUGGUAGCCAAGGAACUCCCUUUCUGUCGGAAUCUUCAUUUCGUCGGAAGAAAGAGAGAGCUUAUGGAACUUGAGAUGCUAUUGUUUGGAGAUGUCAAAGGCAAGCAUCAUGAUGAUUAUAUCGAGAUAAGUACUCGUACUAGGCAUAGAAGGAAGAUGACAGGGGGGAGUAGCAGAAGAGAUAGAAUAGCAAAAGAGAAUGAGGAGACGCGGAGCAAAGGUAAGGAACCAUCUAUGUGGAAAGAAAAUGAGAAUGAUAUAGAAAUGGAAGGCAUUGGGAGUGGGGAGAGACCUCUGAGGCUUGGAAGGAAGUGUAGUGCAACGCACUUGUUGUAUGGCAAGGGUGUUGCAUGUGUAUCUGGUGACUCUGGCAUCGGGAAGACUGAGCUCUUGCUCGAGUUUGCAUAUAGAUUCUCUCAGAGAUACAAAAUGAUAUUAUGGGUUGGUGGAGAAGCGAGAUAUCUCCGCCAGAAUUUUAUGAAAUUACUGCCUUUACUUGGAGUCGAUGUCCACAUGGACAAUGAGCUUUCUCCAGAAAGAAACGGGCCAAGGAGCUUUGAGGAUAUAGAAGAGGAAGCUAUCCGCAAAGUGCGCAAAGAGCUCAUGAGAGACAUACCUUUCCUUCUAGUGAUUGAUAACUUGGAACGCGAGAAAGACUGGUGGGAUGGGAGGAACGUGAUGGAGCUUCUCCCUCGUUUCGGUGGGGAGACCCAUGUUUUAAUCUCCACCAGGCUGCCUCGGAUACUAAACAUCGAGCCUCUGAGACUGCCAUGCUUGUCUGGUUCAGAGGCAAUGUCUCUAAUGAAGGGAAGCUUGAGAGACCUUAAAACUGAAGAAGCUGAUGCUCUGAGGAUCUUUGAAGAGAAACUGGAUAGACUACCUCUAGGUCUCUCCCUAGUUGGGGCAAUUCUUUCCGAGCUUCCGACCACUCCAUCCAAACUUCUAGACUCGAUAAAUAGAUUACCAUUCGGUGAACAUACAUGGAGUGGAGAAGAUCUUAUUCUGAGACACAACCCUUUCCUUGUCCAACUUCUAGAUGUUUGCUUUGCCACGUUAGAUCAAGCAGAGAAGCCUGACAAAUUGGCAACAAAGAUGGUGCAGGCCAGUUACUGGUUUGCCCCUUCGGUGAUCCCAAUUCCUAUGUUGGUUCGUGCUGCAUGCGAGACAUCCAGAUCGCAUCAUGGCAGCCAGUUUUGGAGGAGCUGCCUACCUGUGAGCUCUUGCAACUGGAUGAUGUCAAAGGCACAAACCUCAAAGGCUGAUGCCUCAUCUAUGCUGGUAAGAUUUCGACUAGCAAGGAGAAGUACCAAAAAUGGUUAUAUCUCUUUCCACGACAUUAUUAAGCUCUAUGCCCAUAAAAAAGGUGAUGGUGGAAUUGCUAGAUCUGUGAUCCAGGCAAUCAGCACUGAAGGGUCUCUCCUGCAGCACUCAGAUCAUAUUUGGGCAGCAUGCUUACUGCUAUUCAAAUUUGGCAGAGAUCCAGUGGCUGUCAAUCUUUCAACUCAUGAUCUGUUAUCAUUUAUCAGACGGUUUGUUGUUCCCCUUGCCUACCACACUUUUACAAGAUAUUCAUGGAGCAGUGCUGUUAUGGAGCUCCUGCGCCUGUGUACUGAAACACUAGAAGCUCUGGAGGACUCUUUCCUCGUUGAAGUCGACAAUACUCGAAAUAAUUCUUCAUCCAUGAGGAGACCUAAGGGUCAAUCAUCUAUACACUCAGAUCCACUACUUUAUCAGGAUCUUGCACAUCUGAGAGCGAUGCUUUUGGAGACAAGAGCAAAGUUUAUGCUGAAAGGUGGGCAGUAUGACAUAGGGGAGCAGCUUUGCAGGACAGCUGUUAGCAUCAAAGAGGUUAUUUACGGUUGGGACCAUCCAGAGACACAGGCUACUCGUGAAACAUUGGAGCAGCUCAUGAGGAACCGAGAUUUAUGGUUGUAGCCAGACUGAAAAGUGUGGAAGCAAUGGGCAUCACCAUUGGAAGCUUUUUGUUAUUGGUGAUUCAUAUGCCGAUAUGAGGAACAUUGGGAAACUUUAGAGGGAGAUCGCACACCAAUGUGUGAACCAUAUGGCAUUAUGUUCCCUAAGAGGCCAGCCGGUAGAUUCUCUGACGGAAGAAUCCCCACUGAUUAUGUUAGUCAGUAUCUUUGAUCUUUUUCUUUUGCCCCCUUCUUAAGCUUUUUCUAGUAAAGUUGUUUCUUUCUAGAAAAACAUUUGCAUUCCUUUAUCAUAGUAUAGUUUAAAUUGGUAUCCUUCGCAAAUAUUUUUAUAACGUUCUAUUUCUUGGCUCGGCAAAGUUUCUACCUCUUUUCCCAUCUUAUGAUUUUCACUUUUCCUCUUCAUGUAAUCCCUUGGGCAGUGCUAAGAUUACAUCAUGCAAAGAUCUCUACUUUUCACCUAACUUGUUUCUCAUGGCUCAGUCUAUCACUAUCACUCUAUAUACAUCUCUACUAUAUUCAUAGAUUUUCAAAAUUAACUUUCUUAUGUUAGGAUAUAGUUUGUUCUCUUAUCUCUACGUCCAAUGUAUGUAUCUUUAAAACUCUGUCGGAUGCCUUUAAUGAACAAAAAGCAUGUCUAAGUGCAAUUCUAGUACAACGUUUUACUAGCUGUAGUUUCCAGAUGGUGUGGCAGCUUCAUUUCUGUGAAUCGGAUCCCCUGUUCUUUACAAGGAUUGAAAGGUUGGCAACAAGUUGUUUCCAUGUGGCAUGAACUCUGCAUAUGGUGGGACUGGCAUCUUCAAUGCAGGUUAUGGUCAGAACAAGCUGUCGGUUCAAAUGGUUACAUUUUGGCGGGGUGUGUGUGUGUGUUUUGUGAGGAAAUGAGAGGGAAAUCGAGAGAUAAAA